GGAAAUGUCAGAGAUUUUCAUUUUCUAAUUUCUGUGGCAACCCUGGGAGAUGUCAUCAUCAGUUAUUUGUAUUCAUCGAGUGAGGGCAAUCAGAGCUUUUGAAGUUUGAAGUGUUCCCUGUGUUUUUUAAUAGAUGGCGGAACCUCGCGCUGAGAUAAUCUCAAGUGGACACUUCAAACGUUAGAAACAUGAUGAUACUGAUCGUAAAGAUAUUUUGGAAGCUGAAACUGAAUGAAUUUAGUAUUCAUCGAUCACCGAGCCCGUAAACAUGUUAGGUUUGAGCAGUUAUUAUUAAAACGACUUGUUAACGAAAAUUGUGAAGAACCGCUUUGCAAAAUUCUGGCUGUUCCUUCGGACUCUUACUUGCGUGAAAGACUCACGAUCACUAUUGCAACCCUAAAAGGUUUCAGAUAAGAUGGCGAACUUUUUAGUGACUCUAAUGUCCUGUCUCCUCACGAUGGUCUCCGCCCACAAAAUAUUGAUUUUCCAGCCGACUCCAUCGAUUAGUCAUCAGCAACCAGCGAUGGGUUUAACAGAAGCUCUAGUGAAGAAAGGCCACGACGUUUAUGUCCUAAGCCCAAAUGUUGUCCCGGGAUUGGAAAAAAAUUACACGCACUUCGACUUUUCAUGGCUGCUCGCAGGCGCUCAAGAAAACGCCACGAAUCAAGGUGUUAAUUUGCAACAAGAAUUUACCAGCGUGUUCAAGUGGAUUCCGUUUUGGGAAGUGUAUGCUGGAAUGGUGCGGCACAUGUUCGGCAGCGACACGAUGAAGCAUUUUUUCAAACGGGUCCAAGACGACAAGCUGUCGUUCGACGUCGUCAUCGUGGAGUCCUUCCUCAUCCCGUACGGCGUCGCCCUCGCCCGCCUCGUCGCCGUCAACAAACCCGUCAUCUCGCUGGCCUCGAUGACGGGCGGCGAUUUCUACGACGAGGACGCCAUCGGGAACAUCAAGCACCUCUCCUUCUCCCCGUCGAUGCUCAGCCCCUACACCGACCGGAUGAGCUUGUGGCAGCGCUUGGAGAACUGGGUCGUGCACCACUACAUCUCGCGGAGGCUCCGGGACAUCGUCGAAAACUCGGCCAGGGAUUAUUUCCGGGAGACGCGCGGGCCUGACGGGGAGGCCCUCGUGGAGGGUUGCUGGAGGAACAUCAGUCUCGCCCUCAUCUCGUCCAACGCCCUCUAUUACUAUCCGAGGCCCGUUUCGCCCAACGUUGUGGAAGUCGGACCCCUCCACAUCAAGGCGCCCUCCAAAUUACCCAAGAUUCUGCAGGAUUGGCUAGACGGAGCGAGUCGAGGCGUCAUCUACUUCAACCUGGGCAGCAACAUGAAAAGUGCCCAUUUACCUCGUGAUGCCGUCUCCAAUUUCCUGAGGAUCUUCAACGACCUGCCAGAGGGUUAUCGAGUUCUCUGGAAGUGGGAAGCCGAUGGUGAAUUAUUACACGAUAACAGCAUGAAUGGACAGCCGAAAAAUAACAUCCUCACUCAGAAAUGGAUACCCCAGCAGGGCGUCUUGGCUCACCCGAAGGUCAAAUUGUUCAUCACGCAGGGAGGAUGUCAAAGUUUUCAAGAAACUGUUCAUUACGGAGUGCCAACGGUAGGCGUGCCCUGGUUCGGGGACCAAGAAGUUAAUGUAGCCAAGAUGGUAGAUGCAGGGAUCGGAGCUCGCCUCCGACCCUCUGAACUGUCCUCUAUCGAUAAAAUCAAGAAAGCUAUCGAUACAGUGCUGUUCGAUCAAAGGUAUGCGGAGAAUAUGAAAAGACUUUCGCUGAUCUCGCAAGAUUUCACGAGUCGAGCGCCAGACGAAGCCGUUUUUUGGGUGGAGCACGUAGCGCAGCACGGAGGGGCCGCUCACCUGCGACCGCACACGGCCGAUACCUCCUACUUCGAAUACUUCUGUCUAGAUAUCAUCUCGAUUAUCUUAGCCGCGAGUGCUGUGAUUCUGUACUUCCUUUGGCGAGCACUUAAAUUUACAAUCUCUGCCGUGAUGUCAUCGCCUCACGACAAGCUGAAAAGCUCAUAGUUUAAUCUUUAAACCGCGGAAUAUAUGUAAAUUAUUUAUUUUUUGCUACAAUUCAUUGAUUUACAUUCUCUGCCGUGAUCUCAUCGCCUCACGACAAGCUGAAAAGGUCAUAGUUUAAUCUUUAAGCCGCGGAAUAUAUGUAAAUUAUUUACUUUUUGCUACAAUUCAUUGAUUUACAAUCUCUGUCGUGAUCUCAUCGCCUCAUGACAAGCUGAUAAGUUCAUAGUUCAAUCUUGAAGCUGCGGAAUAUUUAUAUGUAAAUUAUUUAUUUUGUGCUACAAUUCAUUGAUUUACAAUCUCUGUCGUGAUCUCAUCGCCUCAUGACAAGCUGAAAAGUUCAGUUAAAUCUUAAAGCUGCGGAAUAUACAUAUGUAAAUUAUUUAUUUUGUGCUACAAUUCAUUGAUUUACAAUCCCUGCCGUGAUCUUAUCGCCUCAUGACAAGCUGAUAAGUUCAUAGUUUAAUCUUUAAGCCGCGGAAUAGACGUAUGUAAAUUAUUA